UCCUGCCCGCGGCUUCUUCGCGCAACGUGUUUUUUGCGCGAGGUCCUCAGCGGUACCGCCGCCUCGGCCGGUCUUCCCCUGCUUCCCGGAGAGUCAGCCGGCGCGCUCCUCCUUCUUGCAUCGGCGUCGUUUGCGACGGCCGCUCGCUCAUGAGUGGCGUGCCAUCAUCGUCUUUGAAGUAGUCCUGUCGCCGACGUAGGAUCGUUGCCCCUCGGCGGCGAAGAAGGGAGCGUUCUCAUUUUUUUUUUUUCUUUCGUGGCCCCUCCAGCUACUGCGAGGGACGAAGAAAGUGGCCGCUGGUUUUUACUCGCCGCGAUCGAGUGGUGGUUUCCACUUCUUCUGGAAGCUGGCCGCUACUGCUCAGGGGUCAACCACGUGUCCAGCUCCGCGCGUCGUCGCUUUCUUGGCCUCCGGCCGGACCAUAGGCUGCCGGCGUGGCAGCCGGUGCUCGAGACGACGUCGCUAUGAAAGUGUGCCGCCUUCGGACGGCCUGACAUGUCGGUGUGGCUGCUGUGGCCCCCUGGCUUUCACUGAAUCUGUGCUCUUGAUGCGUGCGAGGAGCCGUCGAAAAGUAUGUGCCCGGGGCGCCGGACGGCCGCGACGUCAUCGUUGACGGCGGCUGUGGCAGCGGCGGCGGCGUUGGCGGCGCUGUUACUGGGCGCCGUGCAAGCGGGCGGCCACGAGGGCUUCUUGCGCCAAGGUAACAGCGCCUGGCACACGACCGGUGGUCCGUUCGACAAUCCCUGGACCUCCCCCCACCCCGUGACGGCGGCAGAGACCCGCGCCAAGGCGCUCGAUGUCCAAACGCUUACCAAUAUCAUCAACGUGGCGCGAUAUAUUUUGUCGUUCCCGCAGAAGUGUUUCUACCGCGGCAACGCCUACUCGUGCGGCCUAGGCAUCAGCUGCUGGAUCCAGGGCAAAAGGCCCGUCGACUUGUGCAACGGAGGCGUCAUCUGGAGUUGUUGCAUCCCAAGGAACGCCGAGCCGUCUAAGGCCGGCAUGGUCAAAGACGCUCUGUGCGGCAAAACCUAUCUGCGCAAUUCCAAAGUGGUGGGUGGCGAAAACGCUAAGUUUGGUCAGCAGCCAUGGCAGGCGGCCGUCGUGAAGAGGAGCUUCCUGUCGCAAAAGAUCUCCUGUGGAGGGGCUUUGGUGCACGAGCGUUGGGUGCUCACAGCAGCUCACUGCGUCGACAGAACGCCUGCGUCGAACCUGCGCGUCCGGCUGGGCGAGCACAGCAUCCGGGACACGGCGGAGCGCUACCCGCACGAGGAGUACACGGUCCGGCGAAAGGUCGUCAACGAGGCCUUCGACCGGCGGAACUUCAAGAAUGACAUAGCGUUGCUGGAGCUGUCGCACCCCGUGGUCUUCCGCGAGCACAUCAUCCCCAUCUGCCUUCCCACGAAGGGCGAAAACUUCACGGGCGGAUUCGCCACCGUCUCCGGCUGGGGAAGGCUCAAGUACGGGCAGUCCUACAUACCGAACGUCCUGCAAAAAGUGAGCGUGGAGGUGCUAGAGAACGAAAAGUGCCGGACGUGGUUCAAGGACAAGGGACGCAAGGAGCAGAUCUACGACACCAUGCUGUGCGCAGGCUACAAGGAUGGCGGCCGAGAUUCGUGCCAGGGUGACUCAGGCGGCCCGCUGACGUUCAAGAAGGAUGACCGCUACUACCUCAUCGGUCUCGUCUCGUGGGGAGUCCAGUGCGCGCUACCUUCUCUACCCGGAGUCUACACGCGGGUCUCAGAGUACGUCGACUGGGUCAGCAUCUACAUACUGCGGGCUAAUGAGCAAAAAAAUAUCCCUGAAGCUGGCAGCAGUGAACCCGAAUGCGGCGUGUCCAGUUCGCGACGGUUCAAGGACGACAGAAUCGUGGGAGGCACCGAGGCCAAGGACGCCGAGUAUCCAUGGCAGGUGUCCAUCCAGAGGAAAAGCGACAAUUAUCACUUUUGUGGAGGCAGCGUCAUCACUCCCGACAUCAUCGCUACGGCAGGGCAUUGCGUUGACUCAGUGUCUCCCGACACGCUUUCCGUUCAAGCUGGGCUUCUGGACUUGCGGAGCCCCCCAAGUUACAGUCAGCGACGUUCAGUCUCACGGAUCGUCGUGUACGAAGGCUACAACGAUGUGAACAAUGACAUCGCACUCCUCAAGCUCGAGAGCCCCUUUGACCUGGCCGCAAGCGAGGGGCGCAUCGGCGCAGUCUGUUUGCCUCCCGCAAACUACCGGAUCAGGGGCCAAGUCGUCGUCACGGGAUGGGGAGCGACCCGGAUGGGCGGACCCACUUCGCCGAAGCUGCUGACGGUGUCAGUGCCUGUGCAAGGAACCCUUGUUUGCACAGCAUCCGCGCUGGGCAGCUACAACUCCACCACCAUGUUCUGCGCCGGCUUGCCGGGAAGGGACUCCUGUCAGGGAGACUCGGGGGGUCCCGCUGUGCAGCGUAACAGCGGCCUCUACACUCUGGUCGGCAUCGUGUCUUUCGGCCUGGGAUGCGCGAUCGUGCCCGGUUUCUACACUAGGGUCCCUACCUACGUCCCCUGGAUCACCCAAAACAUCGCAGCGCUGCAGAUGAUCUCACCAGUACUGCCAUUUGUGCUGGUCUCACUGGCAGCCCUGAGCCCUCCUCUUGCCCAAUCACUUGAGAUGUCGUCGUUGUCCACAAGGCGACAGCCAGGGUCUCCACAUAACGUGAGCCACGGUCUCUCAAUAGACCGAGAAUUGCAACGGCUAAAACACGACAAACUAUUCGCUGAGGAAAUCGGCAACGCAAGCGACCGCAUGGUCCCGCUCCCCAGUCACCGCUGGCCCACACCUAGCAAGGUGGUCAUCUACAUAGCCUGCUCCUGCUUUCUGAUGGGCUUCGUGCUGGUGUUUACGUUGGUGACAGUUUACGGUGGUCGACGAAGGUCGAACUCAAGCCGACCAGAGUCGAGCGCGUCGUGGGCGCAAUUUGCAGAGUCGUACCCGCUGCUCGAUUUUGGCCAGAGCUCGCAGGCAUUGACGCUACAAGGCAACUCCGAUGAAGACGACGAGAACGAACGGAACGAACGGCCCAUCGAGGUGUUUCCGAGACGACUGCUGGACCUGUGCAACCAGGAUGCACCACUCACGUUCUUCGCUCUUCUGCCACACGGGCGACAGCACCGUCACAAAUGGCUAGCCCACACUCGCCACAGCGAGGUCUUCCAGUUGUCAUCCGUGCUCAGGCGGACCGUUCUCAAGGUGGUGCCCGUCACUGGAGACUUCACCGAGCAGCAGGUCGGCACCAUCACCUCCGCCAUUCAGUGCUGCUUCAAGCUGAGCACACUGAAGCAUGGCACUGUCUACAGGGCCCCAAACUUCAUCGAGGUUGAACGGAUCGUGUGCGUGUUCGACCAGUUCCCGGAGUGGCUUCUGCACAGCGGCGGCUGGGAAUUGGACUCUUCGAGCGAGUCCCUGGCCGAUAGCCUCGCCUCCGAGAUGGCUGGUACGGACGGCAACUCCGACGCCUCCGAUUUGCUUCUGCGCAGCGCGGUACAAGGCCGCAGCCUGGUGCAGCAGGCGGCGUGCUGCAUGGCCGUGGCUGAGAGCGCUCUGGGAUUUCGGCACACGAGCGUGGACGCCGACAAGCUGCUGGUGUCCGUGACCGACGCAGGCUGCCUCGAGUACCGGCUUCCGGACAGGACGCCCCUCUCGGUCGACAGCGCUGGUCUGAAGGCGCACCUGGCCGGUUGCCUGUCGUUCACCAUCGACUUGGGAGGGGACAGGAAAGACGAAGACUCGGCGUUUCAAGGAAAUGCAACCGACAGUCCAGCUUUGAACUGCAGUGGCGACGGGCCUCCUCGUUUCUACGGCAACGUGAUGUGGCUUGUCGCGGUGAUGGACAGCGUGGUGAACAAGCUGCGUUCAGAGGUGCCCGGGUCACGCGCGCUUGCCGAGCGCGCAGUGUUCGAAGAGUUGCUCUCGUGGCAGGCCCGGCUGCAGCAGUGCAACUCGGCCGACGAGUUUGUCGCCACGCUUGGCGCGGUUCAGUGCGGGGAGAGCCGAACGCCCGGAAGGCGCAUCGUAGGUGGUCGCGAGGCUAUGCCCGGCGAAUUUCCCUGGCAGGUAAAAGAAAUCAUCGUGCACGAGGGCUUCGUAGGCAACGACAAACUAAGCAACGACAUUGCCGUGCUGAAGCUGAACGACUCGUUCGACUUCGAAGGCUCAAACGGUUUCGUGGGACCAGUGUGCCUGCCUCAGGAGAAUUUCAGAGCUGAGGCACUGCUCACUGUGUCCGGCUACGGCACGUUGUCUGCUGGUGGACCACAGGCAGGAAAUCUGAGGGCAGUGGCUGUACCCAUCGUUUCCGACAGCAAAUGCAGCCACAUCUACAAGGAGGCCUUCGAAAGCUUUCAUGAAGAAAACCCUUUCGACGCUGACACCAUGUUCUGUGCCAUGGAAGAAGGUGGAGGAAAGGACUCCUGCCAGGGGGACUCCGGAGGCCCCGCUGUGCAACGACGCGGAGGAUUGUCCGAGCUGGUGGGUGUGGUCUCGUGGGGUGUGGGAUGCGGCCAUUCGCGCUACCCUGGAGUCUACACCGAAGUGGCCCGCUACGUGCCCUGGAUCCAAAAGCACACAAUAAACCCCGCUACGCUAGACGUCGUGGCGGGUAACGUCGACCUCAAGAAGAGGAGCGCGCACUACCAACAGCGACGAGUGAAGUCGUCCGCUCGGCACGAGAACUUCGGCAAGCGAGGCAUGCGGGACGACAUCGCGCUGCUCAGGCUGGAGGAGCCGUUCGACUUUGACGGCUCCGGUGGAUGCGUGACCGCGGUGUGCCUGCCGGACGCCGGCCGCAAGAUACGCGACGCCGUUGUCGUGUCCGGUUGGGGCACCACGCGCGAAGGAGGCCGUAUCUCAACAGAACUCCUCGCCGUGUCCGUCCGCGUGACAAACGACGCCUACUGCGCGCUGCAGUAUGUGCAGCCGGGCACUCUGGCCAGCGCCUACGACAAGGAGACGAUGUUUUGCGCCGGCGAACUGCUGGGCGGCAAAGAUUCUUGUCAGGGCGACUCCGGUGGACCUGCAAUCCAGUACCAAAACGGAACCUCUGUGCUAGUGGGCAUAGUUUCGUUUGGACGAGGUUGCGCUCGCCUGACGCAUGCCGGCGUUUACACAAGAGUGCCCAACUACAUUGAUUGGAUCUUACAGGGCGACUCCGGUGGACCUGCAAUCCAGUACCAAAACGGAACCUCUGUGCUAGUGGGCAUAGUUUCGUUUGGACGAGGUUGCGCUCGCCUGACGCAUGCCGGCGUUUACACAAGAGUGCCCAACUACAUUGAUUGGAUAAUACAGGGUGACUCCGGAGGGCCAGCAAUGCAGAUGCACGCAGGACGCGUCGUUCUGGCCGGAAUCGUGUCCUGGGGAGAAGGCUGCGGUCGCAAGGGUCGGCCUGGAGUCUACACGAGGGUCUCCCAAUACCUGGACUGGAUCGAGAGUCACCGGCACUUAAAGAAAACAAUGGUAAUGCAUGUAGUGCACGGAUGUGACUUGAGCAACAUGUUGGUGUCGAGCAUUCGACGCCAUCCCAAGUUCGGCACGGACGGAGCCAACCACGACAUAGCGCUGCUCAAGCUGGGCGAGCCGUUCGACUUUGAGGGCUCCGACGGAUACGUAGCACCGGUGUGCCUGCCAGACAAGUACCACCGCAUGGAAGGAAGCGUCACCAUCACCGGCUGGGGAAGGACCCGUGAGACCGGAAAGAUAUCACAGGACCUGCAAGUGGUGACAGUCCCUGUGGGAAGUGACCUCUUCUGCACUUACCAGUACAGCCAGUUGAUCACACUGAGCUCGCUAUACGACCGAAGGAUCAUGUUCUGUGCCAGGGCGCUGCUCGGAGGACGAGGGUCCUGUAAGGGGGAUUCUGGCGGCCCAGCGACCCAAACGGAGAAAGGUCUGGCAAUCGUCGUGGGCAUCGUAUCGUUCGGCCGUGGAUGCGCCCGGGCGCGCUAUGCCGGAGUUUACACCAAGGUUUCUCAUUACGUCGACUGGAUACGGGACAACUCAAAAAAAUUUGUGCACACUGUGCUGCUGUGUGAUUUUCGGGAUAGAAUGGUUUGGAAACCUACACGGUUUGACGACGUUAUACUAGCGGUAUCGACGUUCGUGGUUCUGUUUUAUUUGGCAGGGGGCGAAGAAUGUGGCGUCAGCCACAGUAACCUCCAUUUGCUGCAAACGGCCUCAGAAAGGAUCGUUGGAGGACGGGAAGCACUCUACAGGGAAUUCCCGUGGCAGGUUUCUCUGCGGUUGGGUAGGCGGCACCUGUGCGGUGGAGCUCUCAUAGCUCCUCGCUGGGUGCUGACAGCAGCGCAUUGCCUAAGAAAUAGGGAUGCUGGCGACUAUCGCAUCUAUGCGGGUGUCCACAAGCUCAGCCUCGACAAUGCCCAGAAGCAAGUGAGACAGGGACUCGAAAGGUUUGCCCAUAAAGGAUUCCGUUUUAGGACGUUUCGGAACGACAUCGGCCUUCUCAAGCUUGAAUCGCCCGUCGACAUUGAGGGCUCAGAGGGCUACAUCGGCACCGUGUGCCUUCCUCCCAAGGGAUACAAGAUCAAAGGCGACAUCGUCAUCGCUGGCUGGGGAACAACGAGAGAAGGCGGCUACACCUCGGACGUGCUGCAGGCAGUGUCCGUACCGACGGUCGGCGACGGCACAUGCUACUACCGCUACUUCUCCUUUUGGUCGCUCUUCCUCGGCGGCAACAUCCACUACGACAGCAUGUUCUGCGCCGGUGAGAGGCGCGGCGGAAAGGACUCUUGCCAGGGAGACUCGGGAGGACCCGCAGUGCAGUACGUUGAUGGCCGGGCUGUGCUCGUCGGCGUCGUAUCCUGGGGUGAAGGGUGCGCCCGCGCCGGAAAACCCGGAGUCUACACUGAGGUGCCGUACUUCCUCGACUGGAUUCGCGAACAGAUGGCAUCCUCGCCAGACGAGGAGGACAAGAAACCCAGCACGAGCACUCCGGCCCGAACUAGUGAAAACGUCGAGACUAGGUCCAGCGACGCGGGACCAGCGGAACCCAGAACGACGGACCCGUGACCGAAGAACC